AUGGCUGAAAAAGAACAGGCGUUGUUAGAUAUAGUUUCAGAAACGUUUGUAGUCAAUGAAAUAAACAACAGUAAUGAUAAAAAUGAUGAUGACGUCAAACACAUUAUGACGAUGACUGAAAAGGAGAGGCUCCAGAAAAUUGCACGGAUGUUUCUUGCAAAACCAGACAAUAAAGGAACUGUACAUAAAGAUGGACACAACAAUCGCACAAAUGGCGAUGUCAAAUUGAAUUCAUCUGAAACUAGAUCUAGAGGGGAAAAGAAAAAGACUGACCAGAAUUCAAGCCCUUGUUCGAUUAUAUCAGACGACAAGCAGACGAAAGAUAAGAACAUCUCUGCGGGCUGUUUCGGAUUUUUGGCAUCAUUGUUUUCUUUCAAGAAACAAAAGCGACGACGAAGGAAGCAAAAAUAUACCGUUGACCAGCCAAUCAAAAAGAAGAACUUGUGUGUAAGAUUUAGCGAAUUUGUAAUGAUCAUCCCACCAAGUCCCGGCGAUGAUUUAUCCGAGGAAGAGUAUUCAGGAAAUGACAGCAACACUGGCACGACAGAAUUCGAUGGUGUCAAAAUCAUUUCUUUUAUAUGAACUCAUAAAAUGAAUAGUGAUAACAUUGGUUUAUCAUCUGACAUUUGUU